UGAAUCAUGCCGAAAGGCCUGUCAUGGCUGCUAAGGCGGCGAGCUGAUCCAGCCCUACCACUGCGAGCAGACGGCAGCUGGGAUACCGCCGUGGAAAGCGUGUCAAUAUCUGCCUCGAGCGUGGAGAAACGGCGCUGUAGCUUGUCGAUAUCUUCGGCAGACAAGAACGGUGAUGCCAUGCUCCUCUGCGUUGUGUAACGUCGCGUGACGUUAGAAAAUGCGUCACACCCCUGUGGUUAUUUUCUUACUGCUGACGAAAGCCGCUGAACCAGAGCGGCAUGGCUUGAAAAAGACUCCAGUUGAGCGUUCGCCACACGUGGGCUGCUGCAGGACCGGUGUUUUACCAGCACGAAUGACAGCACAACUACUCCGUGAUGAGCUAAAUUGCGUGUUCAGUC